AUGCCUGUCACAAUCAAGACCGGGAACACAUGGCCCGAGGCGUGGGACCGAGAGCUCAAGGUUGAUAGUUCCUUUCGACGUGAGAAUGAGACAGGGCCCCAGUACGUGAACCCGAAGGCGACUAGUUCGAGUGCCCUCCUCGCUGGAGUGUCGCACGAAGAGCAUAGCCAGAGCAAAGGCAUUCUCCAGUGCUCCCUCGCCUUCGACGAUAAGGACUUGGCCGACAGCUUCGUCUCGCCUUCCAAUAACGGCUUCGUCAACACCAUGGUUCAUGCGUACAGCUAUCAUCACCAUGUUGUCCUCCGUCCCGAGGACAUCUGGUUCGCCAUUCUCACACAGCUCAGUUUCUACAUGAACAAGAACGCCGAAGCUCUACGCUCCCUAUUUGUAGCCCACGAAGGCAAGAAGGAACUUUCGAUUGAGAUGGAUGAUCAAGGCGGUGGUCUCGAGAACGUUGACUUUGGCAUCUUUGCCAAGAAGAUGACGCACCUACUCCAGGAGAAUGUGCUCGACCCAGACUUUCGUCAGUGGAUCAUCCCCAACUUCACCACCACUACCGACAACGAUCUCGUGGUUGGCAGCAUCCUUAUGAUGGGCGGGCUAAAGGAAUACUUCGCUUACACCUGUUACACGUGCUGUGGUAUGCCCUCCGUUACCCUUCUGGGUGAGCGCGAGGACUACGAGAAGAUUCUCAAACGACUCGAUGGUUUGCCCCGUCUCGGCAAGGAGCCCACAACAUUUGGCCUGUUGCUUGGCCCCAUCAUCCGCCGCUUCAUCGCCAGCUUCGACAACCCAAGAGACCCGGAUGUGCUCAGUUUCUGGGCCCGCUCCGUAGAUCGAGAGUCCGAUAGCGGGACGGAUGACCUCACCGGCUGGAUCUCAGCCUUUUGUUUCUGGGAUUCGCUGGGCCAGUGCACGUACGAUGGCGAUAACAACUGGCCCAGCAGAAUGACCCUUGACGGAGUCAAAUAUGGCUAUGCUAAGACGGAGGAGAUUCCUAACGGCUUCGCUGCAGUUCCGGUUAAGAUUGUGUACUUCGGUGAUGAGAUACACAGCCGGAUGGUAGCGGGAUCGGUGGGCAUUCGAGGGAUAACAUAUAACGAACGAUUUGGCGUGGACGACUCUGCACCUGCACCAGCUUCUGGUAGAGUUACACCUCUGCGAGACACGAUCCAGCCUGUGGUUGGUUGGUGGAUUUACAGGACUGAGAACGACACUAAGGGCGUGAACUUUUCUUUCAAAAAUAGGCCCUCUGAACCUCGCUUUCAGAGCCAGGCCAAGCCGAACUCUAAACUGAAUUCUAAAAGCCGUGCCAAGCAAUUAGUCCGCCAGUUUAGAGGGCUAUUCAAGAGCCGUGAUAUAUAA